AUGCAGAGUGUGAUCUUUUUGUUAACAUGCAUUGCUGCAGUUGCGUCCUACAGCCUGGGAGACAAAUACAAGGCAGCCAUCUUGGUCUUCGUGGUUUUGUUCGUGAUUGUAUUGAACACUGUGGGAGAGUACAGCUCCCAGGACGCCGGAAACGCCCUUUGCAAGAUGGCGGCACCCCAAACGGCUUGUAUCCGCGAUGGCCGGGAGGUCUUGAUCGAAGCCGCGGCAUUGGUGGUUGGAGAUGUGGUGGUCGUGAAAGCUGGCGAUGUGGUCCCAGCGGAUAUGGUGAUCUUAGAGGCGAUCGAUUUAAAGACCAACGAGGCGGUCUUGACGGGUGAGUCCUCUGAGGUAACGAAGUCCACUGAGCCGCCUAUGGAUCCAACGGCACCUUUCAAAUCCAAUAUGCUCUACAGCUCCACCGAGGUCAUCUCAGGCUUUGGCAAGGCGGAGGUGACGGAUACCGGGAUGUGCACACAGGUGGGUUUGAUCGCCAAACGUCUGGGACAAAACAAGAGCAUCACCGAAAAGAAUCCACUGAUGUCUGCGGUGAACAAGUUGGCUUCAUAUCUGGCAUUGGUUCUGGCUCUGGUGAUUGUCUGUGCUACUCUCGUAGCUUUUUGGACGGGAUACCAGGAUCCGCAAAAGCCUUGUGCUGAGAAAGACGAAGUUUGCUUCUUGAAGACAGCCGUUCUUCGUGCAGUUGUCAUGUCAGUUGCUCUGAUUCCUCAUGGUCUUCCCUUCAUUUGUACCGUGAUGCUGUAUGUGGGAUCUGUGGGCAUUUCCAAAAGCAAUGGCCUGGUGAUGAAGGUCUCGGCCGUGGAUUACCUGGCGGCCACCACGGUGAUCUGUACCGACAAGACGGGGACACUGACGGAGGGCCGCAUGUCUGCGAGCCUGGUCCUGGGCUUCUGCCAAGAUGAAGCCACAAGGGCCACAGGGAGCUCAGCAAGGGAGUCGUCCUUGUCGUUCUAUCCCUUGAAGCUGGGCUUGGUAAGUGUAGCAGGUCUCUCGCCCAAUGGCGGCAUCUUCUCCAGCAGUGAAGUCACCCAGAAGCACAAGGAGCAGAUGGAGAAGGACUUUGAAGCCACCAGCCAUCGGCAAAACUUUUCUCAGCCCGGCCUCAGGGAUCUGGGCGUUUUCACCGAGCAUUCAGAGGCCAUGAAGGAGGGGAGUCUGGAUGCCUUGCUGGCUGGGAUCCAUAUGGCCAUAGCCUUCUUGGCGUGUCAUGGGGCUACCUUGGUGAAAACUGAGUCCUGGGAGGCCAAGGGAAACCCCACGGAGGUGGCAGUGAAGGUGGCUGCGGCCAAGGCAGGUUUCUGGGAGGAACAUGGUGCCGAUGGCCGUGAUGGCCGGCUACCGCCUGUUGACUCCUUGCGAGGCAUGUAUCCGCGGCAGGAGGGGUUGGAAAUACCCUUCAAUAAUGUGAGGAAGAUGGCUGCCAGCAUCCAUGAGAUCCCGCAAAAUGUGAAUUUCACUUCUGAACUCGCGACAUCCCUGAAAUUUCCAGAGGAUGCUACACAUUUUGCCAUUUUGAAAGGUGCACCUGAAAAGAUUUGCGAAGCCGUGGGUGCUAUGCCCCUGCUGAGGGAGGGUACAUUGGAGCUCCCGGGGCGUGAGUUGGUGGAAGCCGAUCAGGUCUUGUUGAAGCAGCGCAACAUGGAUCUGGCACAGCAAGCCCUGAGGAGUUUGUUGGUGGCCGUGAGACCCCUGAGCUCCGCGGAGAUCGAAAAAUUGAGGUCCUCCUCCUCUGCGGAUGAUCGCCUGGCCGUGGUGUUGAAAACGCCCAAGAUGCUGUGCCCCCUGAGCCUGUGGGGCAUCUAUGAUCCACCUAGGGCCUCAGUGCCUGGAAGCAUCGAAAAAUGUCGGAAAGCUGGGAUUCAGGUGAAGAUGAUUACGGGAGAUCAGCAAGCAACAGCUGCGGCCAUUGGAGCGCAGAUUGGAAUUUUGGAUGAAAGCUGUGGGGGAUCAGCAAGCACCAUCCUUUGUGAGAAACUUCAUGAGAGCAGCGGCCGGGAAAGCGCGAAAUCUCUCCGGAGGAUUUCGAGGAGAGCAUCCGAGAUACUGCGACAGACACAGGAAGCUGCGAAAGGUGGCAAGAAGUCUCAAUCUUCGCUCCAUCCAGGGGAAGCAGGGCGGGGAAGCCGUCGGCUCUCCGUUCACGACAAGCGUGGACCUGCCGAUUUCCACGAGCCCGAAUUUCGGUCCGAGGAGGAGCUGCAUGAACUCAUUGGCAAGGUGCGUUGCUUCGCCCGGGCCUUGCCAUCGGAUAAGGUGGCCAUUGUGGCCUCGCUGAUGUCCAGCGGCGAGGUGGUGGCCAUGACGGGAGAUGGCGUCAAUGAUGCGCCGGCGCUGAAGAGCGCCAAUGUGGGUGUGGCAAUGGGCAUCACCGGUACAGCCGUGACCCAAAACGCCAGCGACUUGAUCCUCAUGGACGACAACUUCUCCACCAUCGUGUUGGCAGUGGAGGAAGGUCGACGUAUCUUUGGAAAUGUGCAGAAGUAUGUCACUGCAUCUUUGAGUCUGAAGUUUGGUGAGAUGUUGAGUUUGAUGGUUGCCAUUGUCCUUGGCAUCGUGACCCCAUUGAAGCCCACCGUCCAGUUGUUAAACCUCUUCCUGACGCACGUGCUUUGCACCUGGUCCUUCGCAUUCGAAGAAGCGGAGGAUUACAUCAUGACCAUCCCACCUCGGAAUGUGAAGAAGGAUUUGGUCCUGAAUCGAACUUUGGUGCUUUAUCGUUGGCUUCCCUUUGUGCUCUACUUUCCCAUCAUCGUGUAUUCCUCCUUAUGCUUCGGUACCAUCGGCACAGUUGGCUCUGUGAGCAAUACCAAGCUGCUGGGAAGCAGUCUACAUAUUGACCUGGAGAACGGCCGGAGCCUGUGCGAACAUGCUGGAUGGCAAACCGAAGAUGGCUACAAGCUGGAUCCAAGGCCGUUCCAUUGUCAAUGCCAGGUGCAUGAGAAGGGCAACCCUUGGCUUCCGGCGAGCACCUUUGAUCAGUGGGGCACCAGCCAGCAGUUCACCGUGGAUGGGGAUUUCCAACCGUUGCUGCAUUCGAAGCUCUUCGCCAGGAGUAGCUUUAGCCAGGGGCUGAUUGCCCCCUGCAGUCAACCGGAGCACAAGGAGAAAUGGUGUUGGGCAGAACAUGUCAAUGUGAUGACAUCUGCCAGGCCCAUACUUCCAGAGGGAGCCAGCUGUGUUGAAUAUGGUGUCAAGGUGGGACAAAGCAUGUCCUUGGUCACCAUCAUGCUGGGUGAAGUGUUGUCCCUGCUGAGCUUCCGAAGAGACAGAAGCCUGUCGUGGGCGCUCUUUCGGAAUCCCUUCUACAACUUGUCCUUUGUCAUGAACAUUUGCAUGAUGCUUUUCCUGGUCUACGGCAGGCUUUCCUCUGCCCUGGACUUGGUGCCCUUGAGCCCCCUGCAAUUCCUGGUGGCUGUGACCUUGGCCUUGACCAUGCUACUGCUAAACGAAGUGGCUAAGAUUUUCUAUCGAUGGCUGCAGCUGCACACGACCUACUUUAAUCACGCCUUUCCACGCCGACAUCGUUCACGGGAUGAUCGGCUGGUUUGCUUCAUUUCUUUCGAUGGCGAUGGCACAGGGCUUAAACCCUUGCAGCUCACUGGAGUCACCUUUGACCAAGUCAAAGCUGACAGCGCAGAACGAGUCAUUUUCUUCUGCGUCGCCUGGCUUGACGAGUGCGAGGAGCUGAAGUUCGAGUUCAGGAAAAUGGCCCUGCAGCGCUGGCAAGUGGCGCCCAUCCGCUAUGCGGAGGUGGACUGCGCCCGAGAAAAGGACUGGCGCAGCUUCCGUCGGGCCUUCGCGCAGAACGCGCGGGCCGGGUAUCCGUGGGACGCCGAGCUGCAACGGCAGGCGCAAGAGCUACUGCAGAGCAACUGGGGGAACUUGCAGCCCGAUGACCAGGCCAUUUAUGGCAUGUCCGUGGCCAUGCAAAGCUUUUUCCUCAGCUGUAACAGCCGACCUGGAACGGAGUUGAAGCCAUUCUGCCUCUAUGGAGUGGUGGCCGCCUUGUGGGUCUGUGCCAGACAUGGACACCACGAGAAGAGCUUGUUGGCGCACGCCAAGUUUCUCCUGGGGGAUGUCUUUCGCUCUGCUCUGGAUUUCAUGGAAGGUUCGGCCUGGCCAGUGGAUUCCAUCGACAUCUGGGCGAAUGAUCUGGGCCGGACAGAGUUCCGUCUACCUCCGCAACUGCGAACGGAAUAUCAGAAACCGGCAAGCUUGAAAAAACAGGAGCAACCAGUGGAACCAGUGUUCACGGUGUGGGAAAUGGGAGUGCACGCCAGCUUAUCCGCUGAGCCUUUGCAGAUGUGGGCCAGGAGUUUGCCGGUGAAGCUGCGACAUCGCAACCUCAUUCGAGAGCAGUAUCCCCAGUGGUUGCCCCAGAAGUGCGAGACAUUGUACGGACAUCCCAAACUGACGUGUGAUGAUGUCGAGGAUGACAUCACUGAACUCUUUCGGGAACGGAUCCCGCAGAGCGCCACCUCCAAAGACCCGGUACAGGAAAUGGGCUCCUUGGCCUCCGAGUUUCACAAGAGGUUUGCCCAAAAGAGAGAGCAGGUGGAUCUUUUUCUCUGCACCAUUGCUUAUUUGUGCCUCUUAGCCGAGCACUUGGACAAGCCGAUCAUUGGAUACUUUGGACACCCCUUGCUCUUUAUGGUCCCCGAUGUGGAGGAAACGCGCGAAGACUUUUGGCAGAGCUUCGUUGGCAUGGCCAGGAGCCGUUCGGCUGCUUUUGCUGUGAGCGACCCAUUCUUGCAGAUGCAGUAUGAGUAUCAGGUAGGCCAUCCACGUCUCGAAGCGAUUCGAACGCAUGCGCUCUACACGGCUGCCACGCAUUUCCCAGUGCGGACGGAUGAGGUGUUGGUUUUGGACCGUCCUCAUGAGUCAGUUCUGAUGUGUUUGAUCCGACGCUCCAUGGCUGGAGAUAGCAAUGUUGAGAGUUGGCCAAUGGCAGAAGGGCGGUUGAGGGCUGCCAGCAGCCCGGAAUACCCUUAUCGAUUCAUCACAAGGUCUUUGACCGACAAGAAGUUCAGCACAUUUGCACAGUUUCGUGCCGUGGUGAUGUGGGCCUACGACAUGGACUUGAUAACUUUCUACGAGUUCUAUAGCAUGAACAUGCCUAUCUUUAUGCCAUCGCACCUCUCAAAGUAUCUGUUCCAACAGGAUCACGGUGCUUAUGAUUACCAAUGGAAGAAACGACGAUUAGAUUUCGGAGCAUCUCAGCUAUGGCCUCCUGACAUUGAUGAAUCUCCUUUUCAGGAGAGGAACUUGGAUGCUGUUCAAAGAAUUCUGCACUUCACAGACUACUUUCGCUUUCCCCAUGUGCUCUACUUCGAUUCCAUUCCAGAUUUGCUGGCGAGGUUGCCAGAGACCGACUUCUUCAGUGUAUCUCAAUCAAUGGCCAACUUCAACCAGGACGCUCUGAUGGAAACAUCGCAUUCCUGGCAGCGCUUGCUGAAACGCGUGGAUUUCAGCUUCGCUUGA